AUGACCCAUAAGGAUGGAAAUGAGUCAGACGGUGAUGAAUCUCGAGGUCAGAUAGUUCAACAUGAAUCAGCAUCAGCAGAGGAAGUAAGGAUGUUGAGACAACAAAUGGCUGACAUGUACCAGGCUUGGAUGAAUGGGCAAGCUCCACCAUCUUCAAUCCCUGGAUUCCCGGAUGUGACUAUGUCAAUUACCAUUGAAACCCCGACAAGUGAUCCACUUUUUCCUCCAGGAUUUGGUCCACAUGUUAACAUAUCCAACACUUCUGGAACUUCCACUGUGCGCCCUCCAAAUGCACCCUUCAGAAAUAACCCACUUUUCAUCCCCACUGUACAAAUUACUACAAUCCCUCAACCAACAUUGGUACAGAAGUCUAAUAAUGAGUCUCCAUCUAAAGGUCACCACGAUCAAUAUUAUUCUCCGGAAUUGACUUUUAAAGUCCCAGACUCGUAUAACCCCUUUCAGCAGUAUAGUUCCCCCAUCGAGAUCGAGAAAACUGCUAAGAAUGAGGGACAAGAAGAAAUGGCUAGAAAAAUGAAGAGUCUAGAGCAGAGUGUGAGGAAUAUGCAAGGAUUAGGAGGUCCAAAAAGCAUCUCAUUCAGAGAUUUGUGCAUGUUCCCCAAUGUUCAUUUGCCCCUUGGUUUUAAGACUCCGAAGUUUGAGAAGUACGAUGGUCACGGCGACCCCGUAGCAAUCUUGAAGAGGUAUUGUAAUCAACUAAGAGGGGCAGGGAGUAAGGAAGAAUUACUCAUGGCAUAUUUUGGAGAAGGUCUAGUGGGAAUUGCCUCAGAAUGGUUCAUCGAUCAAGAUAUUUCUAAUUGGGCUACAUGGGAUGACAUGGCAGAAGAUUUUGUUCGACAAUUUCAGUAUAACAUUGAUAUUGUGCCUGAUCGCACUUCUCUCGCCAGUAUAAGAAAAAAGCCUACCGAGAGUUUUAGAGAAUAUGCUAUCAAGUGGAGGGAACAAGCUGCCAGGGUCAAACCGCCAAUGAAAGAGUCGGAAAUGAUUGAUGUUUUCCUCCAGGCACAAGAACCUGAUUACUUCCACUACUUGCUUUCCACAGUGGGAAAGACAUUCGCAGAAGCAAUUAAAGUUGGGGAUAUGGUUGAAAAUUGCAUCAAGUCCGGAAAAAUUGUGAGUCAGGUAGCACUCAAGGCUACCACCCAAGCAAUUCAAAAUGGGUCUGGUGGUUUUGGAAAUCGAAAAAAGAAAGAGGAAGGAUCCAUGAUGGCAUCAGGGUCCAUUUUCAACACCCAGGCAUAUGCCCGACCUCCUCAACGCCAACAAUGGAGGGCGCCUGCUCCACAAGGCUUUCGUCCCCAACAACAAAAUUUUCAAGCACCUUAUAAUCCACGUCCUAAGACUGAUUAUGUAAGAGAACAAAGACAGAGGGCAAAUUUCACCCCAAUUGGAGAAUCAUACACAAGCCUGUUGCGGAAAUUGAUACAAUUGGGUUUGAUUGAACCUAUCAUGUCAUAUAAUGUCAACCCAAAUGCAAGAGGUUUUGACCCCACUGUCAGGUGCGAGUAUCAUUCUAACGCUCAGGGUCAUAGCACAGAAAAUUGUUUUACUUUGAAGAGAGCCAUUGAGAAGCUAAUUGAUGACAAAGCAAUUGUAAUACAUGACGAAGAGGCUCUGAAUGUCACCAACAACCCACUUCCUGCUCACAACAAUGCUCAUGUUGUUGGGAUGAUCUGUGUCGAUAAGGAAUACAAGCAAACAUGCAAAACAAUAAUGGAAAUUGACACCUUAAAAGAAGGGUUGGGUAUGGUGACAAAGUCUGCACAAGAAUCACCGUUGUGUGUAAAAGGUGCAAGUUCUAAUGCGAAUCUCAAAGGCUCGGGGAAGUUGAUAUUGUAUGUUCCUGGAGCCACAAAGAAAAAUGAGACAUUAGUAACUGGACAAAAAUUAUAUGUUCCUAGUGGUUUUCCCAAGUUUGGUCAAAACCAGAAUGGUUUAGGAAAGAUGACAGAACCAAUUGUGAUAAAGCACACGACACAACUUCCAGUGACAAACAUGAGAACUGUCCCAUGGAACUACAACAAAACCAUUGUGACUUACAAGGGCAAGGAGAUUGUUGAAGAAAUAGACGAAAUCGGUGGCUUAACGCGUUCUGGAAGGUGUUAUACUCCAGAAGAAUUAAGGAAAGCCAAACAAGCUAGGGAUAGCCAAUUUCCGGUGGAAAAACCUAUCACUGAAGAAGAGGCUGAAGAGUUCAUGAAGAAGAUGAAAGUUCAGGAUUACUCUAUUGUUGAUCAGUUGAGAAAAACUCCUGCUCAGAUUUCAUUGCUAUCUUUGCUCAUACAUUCUAAAGAGCACUGUCAAGCAUUGAUUACAAUUCUGAAUGAGGCACAUUUUUCAGACAAAACAACUGUAAGUCACUUGGAAAAGAUGGCCAAUAGAAUAUUUGAGGUGAAUAGAAUGACUUUCACCGAUGAUGAGUUGCCUGUGGAAGGAGCUGGACAUAAUAAGGCUUUGCAUUUAACUGUCAAAUGUGAAGAACAUUAUGUGAAAAGAGUCAUGAUUGAUGGAGGUUCGGGUGUGGACAUCUUCCCCCUCUCUACUUUGCAAAGUUUAAAAAUCAGCACAGAUAGAAUUCGUACUAACAAUGUGUGUGUUCGAGCUUUCGAUGGCGCAAAAAGAGACACUAUAGGUGAGAUUGAUCUUACUUUAAAAAUUGGACCUGUUGAUUUUGGGAUCACAUUCCAAGUUAUAGACAUGGACACUUCCUACAACUUGCUUUUAGGAAGGCCAUGGAUCCAUGCAGCCAGAGCGGUGCCAUCUACUUUACACCAAGUGGUCAAGUUUGAAUAUGAGAAACAAGAAAUUAUUGUUCACGGUGAAGAUGAUCUUUCAAUAUAUAGAGACCCUUCUGUCCUACGUGUCGAGGCCAAGGAAGGUUGUGAAUCCCUCAUAUUUCAGACCUUUGAAAUAGUGGCAGCUGAUCAGUUUAUGGAAGGGAAGCCUAUCCUAGAACCUCGUCUAUCCUCUACUUCAGUCAUGGUGGCUACACAAAUGCUGCAAAACGGUUAUGAGCCAGGAAAGGGCUUGAGGGUGUCAUUGCAAGGAAUUGUUGACCCUAUCUCUCCAUUUGGUAAUCAAGAUACUUUUGGUUUGGGUUUUAGGCCAACUAAUGCUGACAGAAAAUGGGCAAAAGAGCAGAAAAAUAAGGUUUGGAAAUUGCCAAAGCCCGUUCCACACAUUGCCAAGUCUUUUACUACGUCACGUUUUGAAGAGAAUAAAGACAUGUCUGUCCAAGAUGACAUGGACGAAAUAUGUCAAGGUCUCAAAGAAAUGUUCUAUGGAGUAAACAUGGUUCAGAUUGGUGAAGGCCCUAGUCAUGCAGAUGUGCAACGUAUUGGCCCAGAAGUCAAGCUCGCCAACUGGGAAGCUACUCCUCUCCCCACAAAGAAGGAGUCUUGUUUCAUUAACGCCGGCUUUAAUAACAUGACAUGCAUACGGAAUUCACGUCCAGAUCUUAAGGAGUUGUCUAAUCUCGAAACAAUGAAUCAAGAGGUUGAUGAAUAUGAUGAAGAAGAGGCUUUUGAAGAAAUAAAAAGGGAACUAGAUCAAUUUGAGAAUAAGCCUAAGCCUAAUCUAAAUGAAACCGAGGCAAUUAAUUUGGGAACUUCUGAAGAAACUAGAGAAACAAAUAUAAGCAUUCAUGCCGAACAAAAGACCAGAUAUGACAUAAUCCAGGUUUUGUUUGAAUAUAAAGAUGUGUUCGCUUGGCCUUAUGAUGACAAGCCGGGUUUGAGCGUUGAUCUGGUAGUGCACAAACUUCCUACAUACCCUGAUUUCCCACCAGUCCAACAAAAGCAAAGAAAAUUUAAGAAAGAGAAGGAUGGGAAAACCAGAGUUUGUGUUGACUAUAGAGAUUUGAACAAAGCCAGUCCAAAGGACAACUUUCCUUUGCCUAACAUCCACAUUCUUGUUGACAAUUGUGCCAAACACGAGAUUCAAUCUUUUGUGGAUUGUUAUGUUGGGUAUCACCAAAUUUUGAUGGAUGAAGAGGAUGCAGAAAAGACCGCCUUCACCACCCCAUGGGGUACUUACUGUUACAGGGUUAUGCCAUUUGGUUUGAAGAACGCAGGGGAAACUUACAUGAGAGCUAUGACUACUAUCUUGCACGAUAUGAUGCAUAAAGAAAUCGAAGUGUACGUCGAUGAUGUGAUCAUUAAGUCCAAAACUCAAGCUGACCAUGUGCGUGAUCUGAGAAAGUUCUUUGAAAGAUUGCGCAAGUACAACCUCAAGCUCAAUCCAGCCAAGUGUGCAUUUGGAGUUCCAUCUGGGAAACUUCUUGGGUUUAUAGUUAGUCGGCGAGGAAUUGAAUUAGACCCCUCCAAGAUAAAGGCAAUUCGGGAAUUACCGCCCCCGAAUAACAGAACUGAAGUCAUGAGUCUUCUUGGUAGGUUGAACUACAUCAGUAGGUUCAUCGCUCAGCUCACCACUACAUGUGAGCCCAUAUUCAAGCUGUUGAAGAAGGAUUCCGCUGUCAAGUGGACAGACGAGUGUCAAGAGGCUUUUGAUAAGAUUAAGGAAUAUUUAUCUAACCCUCCAGUGCUUGUCCCGCCAGAACCGGGUAGGCCUUUGUUUUUGUAUCUAUCAGUGAUGGAUAAGUCCUUUGGUUGCGUUCUAAGACAACAUGAUGCCACAGGAAAGAAGGAACAAGCGAUCUAUUAUUUGAGCAAGAAGUUCACAAGCUAUGAGGUAAAAUACACAUUUUUAGAAAGAACGUGUUGUGCUUUGACUUGGGUAGCCUAG